AUGGCCCCCGAACACGAAAACCCCGUCAGCGAGAAGCCGACAGAGCUGGUGGAAAAGGCGGCCAGCAAUGGGCCCUCAUCCGACAGAGGAUCCUCCCACGGCGAAUCGACAGAGGUGGACACGCCGAACCAGCACAGGAAGCCCGCCGCCGUCGAUCUCGAAAAGGCCGAUUCCAAGGUCGUCGCCCCCAGAGAUGUCUCCGACGACCCGUACAAGCACCUCCCCGAGGACGAGGCGACGAUCCUCAAGCGCCAGAUCACCACCCCCGAGAUCAAGGCCGGCAUGCUCACGCUGUACCGCUACUCGUCCACCAACGAUCUGAUCAUCCUCGCCGUCGCCUCCAUCAUGUCCAUCGCCGUCGGCGCCGCCCUGCCGCUCAUGACCGUCAUCUUCGGAAACCUGCAGGGCACCUUCCAGAACUACUUCAACGAAUUCCCGCCCACCGCGGAGGCCAAGAGCGAGUUCAAGAGCGAGAUGGCCGGUCUGGUUCUCUACUUUGUCUACCUCGCCAUCGGCGUGUUCGUCGCGCAGUACAUCACGACUGUCGGGUUCAUCUACACGGGAGAGCACAUUAGCGCAAAGAUCCGCGAGCACUACCUCGAAAGCUGCAUGCGCCAGAACAUUGGCUUCUUCGACAAGCUGGGCGCCGGCGAGGUCACGACCCGCAUCACGGCCGACACCAACCUGAUCCAGGACGGCAUCUCCGAGAAGGUCGGCCUGACGCUCGCCGCCAUCGCGACCUUCAUCUCCGCCUUUGUCAUCGGUUUCAUCCACUACUGGAAGCUCACGCUCAUCCUGCUGUCGACCGUCGUCGCGCUGCUCCUGAGCAUGGGAGGCGCGUCGUCCUUCAUCGUCAAGUACAGCAAGCACUCGAUCGAGUCGUACGCCCACGGGGGCAGUCUCGCCGACGAGGUCAUCAGCUCCAUCCGCAACGCCGUGGCCUUUGGUACCCAGGACCGCCUGGCCAAGCAGUACGACGAGCACCUGACAAAGGCCGAGUUCUACGGCUACAAGGUCAAGGCGACGAUCGGUGUCAUGGUCGGUCUCAUGAUGACCAUCCUGUAUCUCAACUACGGCCUGGCUUUCUGGCAGGGCAGCAAGUUCCUCAUCGAGGACCACAUCCCCCUGUCCAACGUGCUCAUCAUCAUGAUGUCCAUCAUGAUCGGUGCCUUCAACCUCGGCAACGUCGCCCCCAACGUGCAGGCCUUCACCACCGCCAUCGCCGCCGCCGCCAAGAUCUACAACACCAUCGACCGCGUCUCCCCCCUGGACCCGUCCAGCGAUGCCGGCCAGAAGAUCGAGAAGCUCGAGGGCACGAUUCGUCUGGAGAACAUCAAGCACAUCUACCCGUCCCGUCCCGAGGUCACCGUCAUGGAGGACGUCAGCCUUACUAUCCCCGCCGGCAAGACCACGGCCUUGGUCGGCGCGUCUGGUUCCGGAAAGAGCACGAUCGUCGGUCUCGUCGAGCGCUUCUACGACCCCGUCCGCGGACGGGUUUUCUUGGAUGGCCACGACAUCAGCACUCUUAAUCUGAGGUGGCUGCGCCAGCAGAUGGCUCUCGUCAGCCAGGAGCCCACACUCUUCGGAACCACCAUUUACCAGAACAUCAGAUACGGACUCAUCGGCACCAGGCACGAGGACGCCAGCGACGAGGAGCAGAAGGAGCUGAUCGAAAAGGCCGCCAAGAUGGCCAACGCCCACGACUUCAUCACCGGUCUUCCCGAGGGGUACCUGACGAACGUCGGCGAGCGCGGUUUCCUGCUCUCCGGUGGCCAGAAGCAGCGUAUUGCCAUUGCCAGAGCCGUCGUGUCCGACCCCAAGAUCCUCCUCCUCGAUGAAGCCACUUCCGCGCUCGAUACCAAGUCUGAGGGCGUGGUUCAGGCCGCCCUUGAGGUCGCCGCUGAAGGCCGCACCACCAUCACUAUCGCCCACCGUCUGUCCACGAUCAAGGAUGCCCACAACAUCGUCGUCAUGUCCAACGGACGCAUCGUGGAACAGGGAACCCACGAGGAGCUCCUGGAGAAGCAGGGCGCCUACUACAACCUCGUCAGCGCCCAGAACAUCGCCCGCGUCAACGAGAUGGACGCCGACGAGGAGGCCGCCAUCGACGCCGAAGACGACGAGCUCAUCCGCAAAAAGUCCAGGGUCUCCGAGAAGGGCUUCGUCGCCGACCCCGAGGACGACAUCGCGGCCAAGCUGCAGCGCAGCACCACCUCCAAGUCGCUCUCCAGCAUCGCCCUCCAGGGCCGAAAGGAGGACGGCGAGGUCAAGUACAGCCUGUGGACGCUGAUCAAGGUCAUCGCCGCGUUCAACAAGCAGGAGUGGCACCUGAUGCUGGUCGGUCUCUUCUUCUCCAUCAUCUGCGGUGGCGGCAACCCCACGCAGGCCGUCUUCUUCGCCAAGCAGAUCAUGACCCUCUCCGUGCCCGUCACCCCUGAGAACGCCGCCCAGAUGAAGAAGGACUCCGACUUCUGGAGCGCCAUGUACCUCAUGCUCGCCGGCGUGCAGUUCAUCGCCUUCGUCGUCCAGGGCAUCCUCUUCGCCAAGUGCUCCGAGAGGCUCGUCCACCGCGUCCGAGACCGCGCCUUCCGCACCAUGCUCCGCCAGGACGUCUCCUUCUUCGACAAGGACGAGAACACCGCCGGCGCGCUCACGUCGUUCCUCUCGACCGAGACGACCCACCUCGCCGGACUCAGCGGCGUCACGCUCGGCACGCUGCUCAUGGUCACGACCACCCUGGUCGCCGCGCUCGUCCUGGCCAUCGCCAUCGGCUGGAAGCUGGCCCUGGUGUGCACCGCGACGAUUCCCAUCCUGAUCGGCUGCGGCUUCUUCCGCUUCUGGAUGCUGGCGCACUUCCAGCGCCGCUCCAAGACGGCCUACUCCAACUCGGCCAGCUACGCGUCCGAGGCCAUCUCCGCCAUCCGCACCGUCGCCUCCCUGACCCGCGAGAAGGACGUCAUCCGCCAGUACCAGGCCUCGCUGGCCGUCCAGCAGCGCGCCAGCCUGAUGUCCGUCCUCAAGUCCAGCCUGCUCUUCGCCGCGUCGCAGUCCUUCAUGUUCCUCGCCUUCGCCCUCGGCUUCUGGUACGGCGGCACGCUCAUCGCCGACCUCGAGUACAACAUGUUCCAGUUCUUCGUGUGCUUCUCCGCCGUCAUCUUCGGCGCCCAGUCGGCCGGCUCCAUCUUCUCCUUCGCCCCCGACAUGGGCAAGGCGCACCAGGCCGCCAACGAGCUCAAGAUCCUCUUCGACCGCAAGCCCACCAUCGACACCUGGUCCGAGGACGGCGCCCCGCUCGACGCCGUCGACGGCACCCUCGAGUUCCGCGACGUCCACUUCCGCUACCCCACCCGCCCCGAGCAGCCCGUCCUCCGCGGGCUGAACCUCGUCGUCCGCCCCGGGCAGUACGUCGCCCUCGUCGGCGCCUCCGGCUGCGGAAAGUCCACCACCAUCGCGCUGCUCGAGCGCUUCUACGACCCCCUCUCCGGCGGCAUCUACGUCGACGACAAGGAGAUCAGCACGCUCAACGUCAACCAGUACCGCUCCUUCAUCGCCCUCGUCAGCCAGGAGCCCACCCUCUACCAGGGCACCAUCCGGGAGAACAUCCUCCUCGGCGCCGCCUCCGAGGUCACCGACGCCCAGGUCGAGCACGCCUGCCGCGAGGCCAACAUCCACGACUUCAUCGUCUCCCUCCCCGAGGGCUUCAACACCGUCGUCGGCAGCAAGGGCGCCCUCCUCUCCGGCGGCCAGAAGCAGCGCAUCGCCAUCGCCCGCGCCCUCAUCCGCGACCCCAAGAUCUUGCUCCUCGACGAGGCCACCUCCGCCCUCGACUCCGAGUCCGAGCACGUCGUCCAGGCCGCCCUCGACAAGGCCGCCAAGGGCCGCACCACGAUUGCUGUCGCCCACCGCCUCAGCACCAUCCAGAAGGCCGACAUCAUCUACGUCUUCGACCAGGGCCGCAUCGUCGAGCAGGGCACUCACGGGGAGUUGAUGAAGAAGAACGGCCGCUAUGCCGAGCUGGUGAACCUGCAGUCGUUGGAGAAGAGGCAGUAG